AUGGCCGUGGAUAUCUCAGCCAGAGACGGCUCGAGCAGUGAAGCUCUCGCGCCUCCGCUCUCGCAAGCCGUUGGGUACGUUGUCGUCGUGGUGGUUGGCUUGAUUAUCGCUUUUGGAAUGGUCUUCGUGACUAGGAUUCUGAAGAAGACGGUUGGCGAAGACAACGAGAAGACGGAAGUAUUCAUGACGGCCAACCGUUCCGUGACUCGAGGCCUUACCUCCUCGGCCGUCAUCUCGUCCUGGCUCUGGAGCACUGCGAUGCUCGGGUCUUCGUUGGUCGGGUACCAGUACGGCGUUUCCGGACCAUUCUGGUUUGCGGCAGGAUGCAGCCCUAUGAUUGUCUUCUUCGCUGUUUUGGGAAUCUCCUGCAAGAGAAAAAUCCCUGAAGCCCAUACCUUGCUCGAAAUUGUUAGAAUCCGGUACGGGAACAUUGCCCAUGUCGUUUACAUGGUGCUUUGCUUGCUGAACAACCUUUUUGCCUGCGCGAACAUGCUCUUGGGCGCUUCUGCCGUUAUAACUGCCAUGACUGGCAUGCAUGUCAUAGCGGCAACAUUCCUCCUCCCGGUUGGAGUCGCGCUUUACACAUUCGUCGGUGGCAUCAAAGCAACCUUCCUGACGGAUUACCUCCACACUUUCACAAUUCUCAUCAUCCUCUGCUUCUUCACCGUCAAGGCUUUCACCGUUGAGGAAAUCGCUUCACCCUCUCACCUCUUUGAAAUCCUCCAGCAGGCCGGGUUCCGUCAUCCGGUUUCCGGAAACCACGAUGGCUCGUACUUGACCAUGACCUCCAAAGGUGGCAUCCUCUUCGGCAUCAUCCACAUCUGCGCCAACUUCGGCCUGGUCAUCAUGGACACCAGCUUCUUCAUCAAAGCCUUCGCGGCCUCCCCCUCCGCCGUCGUCCCCGGCUACGUCAUCGGCGGCAUCGCCUACUUCGCCAUCCCCUGGGCGCUCGGCACGCUCGCCUCCUCCAUCGUCCUCGGCCUCGAGCCCUCACCGCUCUUCCCGACCUACCCCCGACGCAUGACAUCCACCGAAGUCUCCAACGGGCUCGUCCUCCCCUACGCCUUCAUCCUCGUCGCCGGGCGCGGCGCCGGCGCCGCCUGCGUCCUCCUCAUCACCUUCAUGGCGGUGACGUCGACGCUCUCCGCCCAAGUCAUCGCCGUCAGCAGCAUCCUCGCCUUCGACGUCUACCGCACCUACAUCCGCCCCCGCGCCACCGACGCCGACGUGAUCCGGUGGUCGCACUACGGCGUGGUGGGGUUCGCGGCGUUCGCCGCCGCCUUCAGCACGAUGCUGCACUACGUCGGCAUCGACCUCGGGUGGACGCUGUACAUGCUGGGCAUCAUCACGUGCCCGGGCAUCUUCCCCACCGCGCUCGCCAUCCUCUGGCGCGGCCAGUCGCGGGCGGCGGCGGUGCUGGCGCCGACGCUGGGCAUGGCGACGGGGAUGGCGGUGUGGUUGGGGACGGCGAGGGCGCUGUACGGCGGGGUGGGGAUCGCGUCGACGGGGGCGACGCUGCCGUGUCUGUAUGGGACGGUGGCGGCGACGGUGGCGCCGUUGCCGAUCAGUUUGGUGGUGACGGCGGUGACGGGCGGGCAGGGGUGGGAGUGGAGCGAGUUCAGGAAGGUGUCGUUGGCGUUUGAGGUGAGGGCGAGUGGGAGGGAUGCCGGGUUGGAGGAGGCGGUGGAGGGAGGGGAGGGGGAGGAGGAGGCGGGGAGGAGGCUGAAGAGGUGGGGGAGGAUAGCGGCUUGGUGGGCGGUGGCGACGUUCUUGGGGCAUUGGGUGUUGUGGCCGUUGCCCAUGUAUGCGGCCAAGUAUGUGUUUGGGGAGAAGUUUUUCGUGGCGUGGCUCGUCGUGGCCAUCGUCUGGCUGUGGGGGACGCUGCUGGUUGCGGGAUUCUACCCGCUGGUCGACGGCCGCGACCAGAUUGCGGCUGUGUGGAAGGGGCUUCGGUCCGGUUCUGGGAGCAAAGGCAGUUCGACAUCGACCAGUGAUGGCGAAGGCAAUGGCACGGAUGGGCCGAGGUCGACAACGCAGCAAUCGCCGGGGACAACGAAGGAUGAGAGCUCGCUUGACGUCGUUGCGAAGGCCGAAGCAUUGGAAAAGUAA